GGUGCUCAUUCAGGAAACGAAAGCCGAAGACGAACAUCAAAAUGAUUUCCUGGACUGAGAGUCAACUAUUGAAAAUAUUUAUUUUUAUAGUACUGAUUGCAUGGUUAAAUCAAAUUUCUUACGUAGAUGGAUCCUGUGCGUCUAAAGGGGACAUCGUUUUUCUUCUGGACGAGUCUGGCAGCAUUGGCUCAAGCAAUUUUGAGCUGAUCAAAUCUUUCGUAAGCAUCAUUGUUGGCCACUUCAGUGUUGGAAACGAUACAAAUCAGUUUAGUGUCGUUAACUUUGCAUCAUCUGCAAGAGAAAUCUUUCCCUUGAACCGAUACCAAUCUUUGUCAAGUAUUCAGUCAGCUAUAUCUAGCAUCAGUUUCUCAAGCGGUGGAACAAGCAUCGGUAGUGCUCUUGACUAUGCCCGAAUGUAUUCUUUUACAACCACUAAAGGUACACGAUCGGAUGCGGCAAAAAUAGCAGUUCUAAUCACAGAUGGCCAAAGCUCUCUUUCUGACGAGCACGAACGUCUGAAAGCAAUGGGGGUCACCAUCUUCUGUGUCGGUGUUGGUACAGGUGUUAAUUCCGCCUUACUUCGCUCAGUGGCUACACACAACGACUACACAUAUUUGACAACGUUUGACCUGCUCACCCUUAUAGCAGAGGAAGUAUCCAAUAGGACGUGUGCAGAUGAUAUCAAUGAUUGUCUUGGGGAACCUUGUCAAAAUGGGGGAACUUGUGAAGACCAGUUUGGAAAAUACGUGUGUCAUUGUCAAGGAGGGAAUACAGAUCCAAACUGUUACCUGCCAGGUCUGCCAAAUGUAACACUAGGGUCUAGUGUUUUGGAAUAUUCAGGUUCAACAGCAACACUCUAUUGUUACGUCACAAGUUUAACAACGGUCUCCUCCAUCAUAUGGCUAUACCAGAAAAAUGGGGUCACUUCAGUGAUAAACGCAGGAGAUUCUUCAAAAUAUAGCGGUGGAACUGUUGGAACACCCUCUCUCUCCGUAAAGAACGUUCAAUUAACGGAUGUAGGAAACUACAGAUGUCAGGCACAAAAUACGGCAGGAAUUGGCCAAAGCGAACAUAUGAUAUAUUUGGAUUUGAGACAAGGUUAUCCAAAUGUUGUAACCACCGGAUUCUAUGCUGUAAAUGCAAGCAACAACGUGACACUGACAUGUAAUUUUACGUCAUCCUACCCACCAGUGCAGAUGAUGCAGUGGUAUAGAUAUGACAGCGAUAUAACAACUGGUCUGACGGGGAAAUAUGUAGGGGGAACUCUACAGAACCCCUCCCUUACCAUCACAGACUUCCAACCCGACGAUCAAGGAAUUUACAAGUGCUCAGCAUCCAAUUUAUACGGCACGAGAAAUAGUUCAGAUAUAAUCGUUUAUCUAGAUGGAGGAAAGCAAAUUAACGUGGCCAGGUCAACGUACUCAGUUUACACCGGUGAUGACGUCAUUCUCUCUGUGUCCAUAUUCUCCAUGCCCUACGCCUUGAAUAUCACCUGGAUGUUUAGCACGAUAAAUUCCUAUUCAUAUUACUACUACGCCGCCCUGGAUCUGACGUCAGACGUUCGAUACGAUGGCGGGACCGUGUCGUCACCUUCUCUGGUCAUACGAAAGCAAAUUAACGUGGCCAGGUCAACGUACUCAGUUUACACCGGUGAUGACGUCAUUCUCUCUGUGUCCAUAUUCUCCAUGCCCGACGCCAUGAAUAUCACCUGGAUGUUUAGCACGAUAAAUUCCUAUUCAUAUUACUACUACGCCGCCCUGGAUCUGACGUCAGACGUUCGAUACGAUGGCGGGACCGUGUCGUCACCUUCUCUGGUCAUACGUUAUCCAAAUGUUGUAACCACCGGAUUCUAUGCUGUAAAUGCAAGCAACAACGUGACACUGACAUGUAAUUUUACGUCAUCCUACCCACCAGUGCAGAUGAUGCAGUGGUAUAGAUAUGACAGCGAUAUAACAACUGGUCUGACGGGGAAAUAUGUAGGGGGAACUCUACAGAACCCCUCCCUUACCAUCACAGACUUCCAACCCGACGAUCAAGGAAUUUACAAGUGCUCAGCAUCCAAUUUAUACGGCACGAGAAAUAGUUCAGAUAUAAUCGUUUAUCUAGAUGGAGGAAAGCAAAUUAACGUGGCCAGGUCAACGUACUCGGUUUACACCGGUGAUGACGUCAUUCUCUCUGUGUCCAUAUUCUCCAUGCCCGACGCCAUGAAUAUCACCUGGAUGUUUAGCACGAUAAAUUCCUAUUCAUAUUACUACUACGCCGCCCUGGAUCGGACGUCAGACGUUCGAUACGAUGGCGGGACCGUGUCGUCACCUUCUCUGGUCAUACGUUAUCCAAAUGUUGUAACCACCGGAUUCUAUGCUGUAAAUGCAAGCAACAACGUGACACUGACAUGUAAUUUUACGUCAUCCUACCCACCAGUGCAGAUGAUGCAGUGGUAUAGAUAUGACAGCGAUAUAACAACUGGUCUGACGGGGAAAUAUGUAGGGGGAACUCUACAGAACCCCUCCCUUACCAUCACAGACUUCCAACCCGACGAUCGAGGAAUUUACAAGUGCUCAGCAUCCAAUUUAUACGGCACGAGAAAUAGUUCAGAUAUAAUCGUUUAUCUAGAUGGAGGUGCUCCAGUAACAUUAACAGGACAAAAUAUGACUGGCUCGCCUGGCACAACAUUGACCAUUCCCUGUACUGUUGUGAGCGAAUCAAUAAGUACAGUCUUCUGGACGUUUCAGCCCAGUGACCAGGACAAUGAAACAGAAAUAGUUUUUUCUUAUUCCAAAUAUUACUGGUACUUUUCUUCACCCUCUUUACGAAUUCAUUAUUUGAAUACUUCUGAUAUAGGAUUCUACAGAUGUUGUGCUAACAGUUCAAGUGGCCUUGGACGAAGUACACCGGUAUAUGUUACUCUCAAGGGUUAUCCAAAUGUUGUAACCACCGGAUUCUAUGCUGUAAAUGCAAGCAACAACGUGACACUGACAUGUAAUUUUACGUCAUCCUACCCACCAGUGCAGAUGAUGCAGUGGUAUAGAUAUGACAGCGAUAUAACAACUGGUCUGACGGGGAAAUAUGUAGGGGGAACUCUACAGAACCCCUCCCUUACCAUCACAGACUUCCAACCCGACGAUCGAGGAAUUUACAAGUGCUCAGCAUCCAAUUUAUACGGCACGAGAAAUAGUUCAGAUAUAAUCGUUUAUCUAGAUGGAGGUGCUCCAGUAACAUUAACAGGACAAAAUAUGACUGGCUCGCCUGGCACAACAUUGACCAUUCCCUGUACUGUUGUGAGCGAAUCAAUAAGUACAGUCUUCUGGACGUUUCAGCCCAGUGACCAGGACAAUGAAACAGAAAUAGUUUUUUCUUAUUCCAAAUAUUACUGGUACUUUUCUUCACCCUCUUUACGAAUUCAUUAUUUGAAUACUUCUGAUAUAGGAUUCUACAGAUGUUGUGCUAACAGUUCAAGUGGCCUUGGACGAAGUACACCGGUAUAUGUUACUCUCAAGGGAAAGCAAAUUAACGUGGCCAGGUCAACGUACUCAGUUUACACCGGUGAUGACGUCAUUCUCUCUGUGUCCAUAUUCUCCAUGCCUGACGCCAUGAAUAUCACCUGGAUGUUUAGCACGAUAAAUUCCUAUUCAUAUUACUACUACGCCGCCCUGGAUCUGACGUCAGACGUUCGAUACGAUGGCGGGACCGUGUCGUCACCUUCUCUGGUCAUACGUAACGUCACAUUGUCUGAUGGUGGUUAUUAUCUCCUAGGACUGACCAAUGUCGACGGCACGAUUUACUCGUCAAGGAUUUCUCUAAGUGUUCAAAAAAGUUAUCCAAAUGUUGUAACCACCGGAUUCUAUGCUGUAAAUGCAAGCAACAACGUGACACUGACAUGUAAUUUUACGUCAUCCUACCCACCAGUGCAGAUGAUGCAGUGGUAUAGAUAUGACAGCGAUAUAACAACUGGUCUGACGGGGAAAUAUGUAGGGGGAACUCUACAGAACCCCUCCCUUACCAUCACAGACUUCCAACCCGACGAUCAAGGAAUUUACAAGUGCUCAGCAUCCAAUUUAUACGGCACGAGAAAUAGUUCAGAUAUAAUCGUUUAUCUAGAUGGAGGUGCUCCAGUAACAUUAACAGGACAAAAUAUGACUGGCUCGCCUGGCACAACAUUGACCAUUCCCUGUACUGUUGUGAGCGAAUCAAUAAGUACAGUCUUCUGGACGUUUCAGCCCAGUGACCAGGACAAUGAAACAGAAAUAGUUUUUUCUUAUUCCAAAUAUUACUGGUACUCUUCUUCACCCUCUUUACGAAUUCAUUAUUUGAAUACUUCUGAUAUAGGAUUCUACAGAUGUUGUGCUAACAGUUCAAGUGGCCUUGGACGAAGUACACCGGUAUAUGUUACUCUCAAGGGAAAGCAAAUUAACGUGGCCAGGUCAACGUACUCAGUUUACACCGGUGAUGACGUCAUUCUCUCUGUGUCCAUAUUCUCCAUGCCUGACGCCAUGAAUAUCACCUGGAUGUUUAGCACGAUAAAUUCCUAUUCAUAUUACUACUACGCCGCCCUGGAUCUGACGUCAGACGUUCGAUACGAUGGCGGGACCGUGUCGUCACCUUCUCUGGUCAUACGUAACGUCACAUUGUCUGAUGGUGGUUAUUAUCUCCUAGGACUGACCAAUGUCGACGGCACGAUUUACUCGUCAAGGAUUUCUCUAAGUGUUCAAAAAAGUUAUCCAAAUGUUGUAACCACCGGAUUCUAUGCUGUAAAUGCAAGCAACAACGUGACACUGACAUGUAAUUUUACGUCAUCCUACCCACCAGUGCAGAUGAUGCAGUGGUAUAGAUAUGACAGCGAUAUAACAACUGGUCUGACGGGGAAAUAUGUAGGGGGAACUCUACAGAACCCCUCCCUUACCAUCACAGACUUCCAACCCGACGAUCAAGGAAUUUACAAGUGCUCAGCAUCCAAUUUAUACGGCACGAGAAAUAGUUCAGAUAUAAUCGUUUAUCUAGAUGGAGGAAAGCAAAUUAACGUGGCCAGGUCAACGUACUCAGUUUACACCGAUGAUGACGUCAUUCUCUCUGUGUCCAUAUUCUCCAUGCCCGACGCCAUGAAUAUCACCUGGAUGUUUAGCUUGAUAAAUUCCUAUUCAUAUUACUACUACGCCGCCCUGGAUCUGACGUCAGACGUUCGAUACGAUGGCGGGACCGUGUCGUCACCUUCUCUGGUCAUACGUAACGUCACAUUGUCUGAUGGUGGUUAUUAUCUCCUAGGACUGACCAAUGUCGACGGCACGAUUUACUCGUCAAGGAUUUCUCUAAGUGUUCAAAAAAGUUAUCCAAAUGUUGUAACCACCGGAUUCUAUGCUGUAAAUGCAAGCAACAACGUGACACUGACAUGUAAUUUUACGUCAUCCUACCCACCAGUGCAGAUGAUGCAGUGGUAUAGAUAUGACAGCGAUAUAACAACUGGUCUGACGGGGAAAUAUGUAGGGGGAACUCUACAGAACCCCUCCCUUACCAUCACAGACUUCCAACCCGACGAUCAAGGAAUUUACAAGUGCUCAGCAUCCAAUUUAUACGGCACGAGAAAUAGUUCAGAUAUAAUCGUUUAUCUAGAUGGAGGAAAGCAAAUUAACGUGGCCAGGUCAACGUACUCAGUUUACACCGGUGAUGACGUCAUUCUCUCUGUGUCCAUAUUCUCCAUGCCCGACGCCAUGAAUAUCACCUGGAUGUUUAGCACGAUAAAUUCCUAUUCAUAUUACUACUACGCCGCCCUGGAUCUGACGUCAGACGUUCGAUACGAUGGCGGGACCGUGUCGUCACCUUCUCUGGUCAUACGUAACGUCACAUUGUCUGAUGGUGGUUAUUAUCUCCUAGGACUGACCAAUGUCGACGGCACGAUUUACUCGUCAAGGAUUUCUCUAAGUGUUCAAAAAAGUAAUAACACGACACUUGUCACAUAA